UGAGUAAACGGUUGUUUCGUGUGCACGUUCCGUGGUGAAGGGACACACAGACAGACAAACAUUGACAUGUGCACGUCUCGAAAAUAUGUUGUCAAGUUCACAGCUCCAGAUCAUGAGACAAAUUCGCCAAAUACCAAAUCGUUAAUUGACACCGGAACAAAAAACAUUUCACGCUCUGUGAUGUUUAGGAUUAGAUCUACUGCAACAACAUACAGGAAGAGGGCCUGUGAUUCUAGUAUGCAGGUACCGGGAUGCAGACAGCAGGAGUAAGGGAAGAGCAGCAUCUCCGUGUACAGUUGGAGAUAACUCCAGGUAAAGUGGAAAGGGAAGCUGUUUUCCCAGUUGACUACUUCACAGAGACUGUAGUAACAUCUGAUGAUACAACUGUUAUUCCAGCAGUUGUAGCCACUGAAGACCCUUCUGUUGCUAUAGCAAUAGAGUCCAAUGAAUCACUGGUAUCACCGGAUCCUGGUGUUGUGACCUCCGUGAGCCCUGCUGCUGUACCCAGCGGGGCUGUUGACAAGUAUGUGUCGACAGCUGCCUUGUCAUCAUCGGAUGCAUUGGCUGGAGGUGCUGAUGCAGUAGAAGGCAAAGUUGUAGAGGUCAAGGUCAUCCCAGUUGAGAUGCUUUAUGAUGGAACUCUGUGGUCUCAGUUUGAUUUUACCAAAUCUGGAGAUGAGGAGAUGUUUGUGAGCGAGAAUGAGGUGUCUCCACUGACUGUAUCCGAUGGAGUGUCUGACGUGGCUCGACAAGUGGAGGUGACUACCAAGUCAGACAGCAUGUGUCUGUCCAUCAGGGACAUCACAAAGAGGGAGAAAGAUCGGAUUAAGAAGCGAGAACUCCGAGCUAAUCCUGUCUUCAGGGAGAAAGAAAAAGUGAAAGCCAAGGAACGAAUGCAGAACCGUAGGCAAGAUCCAGUUUACCGUGAACAGGAGCGACAGAGAGAUAGAGAACGUCGACAGUUGGCCAGAAGGAGAAACAUACCUGUGAGAGAGCGAGAACGUGAGAGGGACAAAGAAUACAAAAAAACCUUCCGUUAUGGACACAGAAUUCAUAAAUCAGAUGAAAUGUCAUCAGACACUGACAAAACAUUGGAUUCUCUCCCUUGUCACGUGUAUAUGAACACUCAGUAUACAAGUAUACCAAGCUGAUACAGGGAUAGAGACUAGAGUGUGUGACAGGCACCCUAGUGCUUCAGAUACGGCCAGAUUUACAGCUGUACAAAAGGUCUUACUUACUAUAGUGAUUCCAACCCUCUGACCAGUUCAUUCAAUGUUGUGGUUCUAUUCUUUGUUUUGAUUAAGUGUGACAUCCCUGUCUGACACCAUACAUACACACUCACUGCAUGUUCUCUAUGGAUGCCCCAUCUUGAAAAGAACUUCAAUGACAUGACGCCCUGUUUGACAAGGUUAAACUAUGUUAAUAUUGUAUGUUAUUUUUUUUAUGUCUGAAACGUUUGAAUGUAAAAUUCACUAACAAUUGUGUAUAUGGUUACUACCAUACUUUGGUAAACUGACAACAAACACAAUGUACAAUGUGUUUGUAAAAGGUGAAUACUGGGCACUGAAAUCAUGAUAAUUUCUUCAUGCAGAUAAGCUCUACAUAUUUACUUACAAUUUAUAUCACAAUCAGAUUGUAAACUACUUAUGUGAAAGGCUGAUGUGGCAGUCACUUUGAAUAACAGCAACUUCACAUCCAGUAGGUGUAAUUCAGUACCUAGCAUCACUGUUAAUAAGAUUAUGUAAUGCUUAAUAAUGGUGAGCUCCAUUUUGUGGGUUCUCUUGUCUGGUCACUCAGGGUAAUGUUUUAACUAUGGGAUAUUAUAUAUAACACAGUUACAACACAGUUACAACACUGUACUGAUACUGGAGGAGAUGCAUUGAGGUUUGUCAUCUAAGUAUGUAAGAAUUGUGUCUUAGGUAUUUAUAUGGAUACCCGAUUGUUGCUAAUUGUUUCAGUAUUUUUAAACUUCCAAGCUUAUUUAGUUGGAAAAAAACAACAAAGAUAAAUAAUACAAAUGGGCAAUUUUACUAAACAU